GGACAACGAGCGCCUUUCAUAGUGGCAACCAAGUAAUAACAAGCAAGAGCAGCGAUCAUGUGUAGAUUUCUAGUCUACAAAGGCAAAGACGAGAUCCUCCUCUCCAAACUCAUCCUCGACCCGACCCACUCCAUCCUCACCCAAUCCUACGACUCCCGCCUCCGCCUGGACCGCCGCCGACCUCACAAUGGCGACGGCUUUGGCGUCGGUUACUACACCGCGCCCGCCCUAGGCCCGGAGCCCUGCAUCUUCACCUCCACCAUCCCCGCCUGGAACUGCAUCAACCUCUCCCGCCUGGCCUCCAAAACCACCUCCUCCCUCAUUUUCGCCCACGUGCGCGCCACCACCGAGGGCAAUCUCUCCGACUCCAACUGCCACCCCUUCCGCUACCGCUCGCUGAUGUUCAUGCACAAUGGCGGCAUCGGCGGCUGGAAGCACGUCAAGCGCCGCCUCGCCGUCUCCCUCUCCGAGCAAUGGUUUGUGAACGUGCAAGGGAGCACGGACAGCGAGUGGGCCUUCGCGCUGUUCCUGGACAGCAUGGAGCGAGCGGGCGUGUCGCCGGACGACGAGCGGGCGGCCUCGGAAGGAUUUGGGCAUAUCGUGCUGCGCAAAGCGCUACUAAAGACGAUCGAGCGGAUCAAUGCGUUUAUCGCUGAGAUACCAGAGGCGCUGCGGACGGAGGACACGCGGAGCCUGCUAAACUUCGCGGUCACGGACGGGCAUAGCGUCGUCUGCACGCGCUAUGUCUCGUCCUGCACCGACGAGGCCGCCUCGCUCUUCUUCAGCUCGGGGACGUCGUGGCUGGAAGAUCUGCCUGCGUCGUCGCCGUCCUCUGCUCCGUCUCCGCCGUCGUCAGAGCCGCCCGCGAAGACGUUCCGUAUGGCCCGCCUUGACAAGUCCUCGAGCACUAUUCUAAUAUCCUCCGAGCCGCUGACGUUUGACCGUGAUAACUGGGUCACUGUUCCGACGAACAGCGCGCUCACGAUUCAUAACCAGACGCUCAUGAUCCAUCCGAUUCGGGAUGAGUUCUACUCGUCGAAUCCCGCGCAUGAGCGGAGUGCCCAAUUUGCGCAGACGAAGGGGCAGACAGUUACGGGGCCGGAUAAGAGCGUGCUGAUAGGGGAAGUUGGGAACAAGGCAGAGAACGGGCAGGUGAGUCCUGGGCGGACUGGCGGCUGCGGGGAUGCGAAGGUUGAUGUGGUAUCCGGAGCUAUUAGGCGGUUGAGGGUUGGGUAAGGGACGUUUGGAAAGUUUGGGAUGGGCGUAAAGGGAGCAAGGGAAAACUGGAUAGAAAUUCAUAGCGCAGUCUUUCUUGUUACCAUCGGCGUUGUGAGUUGGAGCAAGAAUCGGUCUCCAAUACCAUUGAUUCGAUGGUGCUUGGGUGCCUCAGUAGAUUUCCAAAAAACCUAGAUAAUCAAAAAAGGCUCGAAGUUGCUUAGGUUACCUCAAUAGAUCAUCAAACAUCACAAAAAUAGCACAAAUAAAUAAACAUAUCAGACUCCCAUUCCCAUAUUGAUCU